AUGGAUGUAAAUUUGCUCUCAACUAUAAGGGCCAUUCAAGAUAGGAAGUUACAAUCUCAUGAUAAUGUUCUUAAAAGAAGAGCAGCUUCAGUUUCAGUCGCUGGUUUCGACGGAAUGACAAAAAAACAAUGUAGACUUAGAUGUAUCUUCAAAGAUGUUCGGCAAAAAGCAGGAACACGAGAGGGCAGCAAUCAGGCCAAAUAUCCGGUGAUUGUGUUCAUUCACGGCGAAAGCUACGAAUGGAAUUCGGGCAAUCCGUACGAUGGCACCGUGCUGGCCAGCUACGGGGGAGUCGUCGUGGUCACCGUAAAUUAUCGGCUCGGCAUUUUAGGUUUUUUAAAUGCCAACACCGAUCCAUACUCGAAAAAUCCAGCCAAUUAUGGCCUCAUGGACCAAAUAGCAGCAUUACAUUGGAUUCAAGAGAACAUCGCUUUUUUCGGUGGAGAUCCUACUAAUGUAACACUUUUGGGCCAUGGUACUGGUGCUGCAUGUGUUAAUUUUUUAUUGACUUCUAGUGCUGUACCCGAAGGUGUCUUAUUUCACCGAGCUAUCCUUAUGUCAGGCUCAGCACUGAGUCCGUGGGCCUUGGUCCAAGAGCCUUCGAAGUAUGCAGCCUUAGUAGCUGUUCACGCAAACUGUUCACCUGAACUACCUCAUUCUCACUUACUCAAGUGCCUGAGAGAAAAGCCUCUGGAGACGCUCAUGUCGACUCCGGUCAUAGCUCCUGAAUUCUCGUUUGCCUUUGGACCAAGCGUUGAUGGGGUUGUUAUCGAUACUGGAGAACCACCAGGAGGAGAAAAUCCACACUACACCGACUACGACAGCGGUAGCGGAAGCAGUGGAAAAACCUCGAAGGUGGAACCGCAAAACGCCAUCAACAUUUUAAACAGCGUGCUCUUGCGAAAAUCCGUCAUAUCGAAGCUGAGCCGUUACGACUUAAUGCUAGGUGUCGUCAAGGCGGAGGCAUAUUUUGCUUUUAAUGGCGAAGACGUGCAGUACGGCAUCGAAGCAGACCGCCGAACAAAAAUUCUGCGGACCUUCGUGAAAAACACGUACAGCUACCACCUCAGCGAAAUCCUAGCGACGAUUGUUAACGAAUACACUGAUUGGGAAAGGCCCGUUCAGCACCCAAUCAAUAUAAGGGACGAGACGCUGGAGGCGCUGUCGGACGCACAGUUCGUCGCUCCAGUUGUGCACACUGCCGAUUUGCAUUCAGCCGAACACCGGAAUUCCUAUCUCUAUGUUUUCGAUUAUCAAACGAAGUUCGGAGAUUAUCCCCAGAGACAGGGGUGUAUCCACGGCGAAGAACUGCCCUACUUAUUCGGCGCGCCCCUCGUCGGCGGCCUCAUGCAUUUCGGCAGGAACUACACUAAAUCGGAAGUAAUUCUCUCCGAAAUUACCAUGAUCUACUGGAGCAAUUUCGCAAGGACCGGAAAUCCCAAUGAACAACUCGAAGGAGACCAUGUGCGGCAAGAUAGGGCUCGAUUCAAGAACGUUGAGUGGACAGCUUAUGAAGCAGUACACAAAAAAUAUCUUAAUUUAGAUCAAAAACCGAAACUCAAAAACCACUACCGAGCGCAUCGGUUAUCCUUUUGGUUGAACUUGGUGCCUGACCUUCACAAACCUGGCGGAGAUGACGUGCCAGCAUCGCAUCACGAGCUUGGUGACGAUGACGAACCUGCUCCGAAAUUUCCGUCCUUAAAUCCCAGGAAAUUGCCCACUACGGAGGCACCGAUAGAAUUCAAGACACUAUUUGGUAAUAAUGGGUCUUCAGCUUUGGCGACGAUUAGCUCGGCUGAUUCUACUGAGAGAGUGGAAGAAUUAGGUGGUAUCAGCACGACUCAACAUACAGUAGAAGAUGGCUUCGCAGCUUACUCCACCGCUCUAAGUGUAACGAUAGCAAUAGGUUGUUCGUUGCUAAUUUUAAACGUUCUCAUAUUUGCGGGUGUAUACUACCAAAGAGACAAGUCUAGAAUGAGCGAAAACGGUCAUGGUCAUCAACCUAAAAAACGUAACGAAAAUGGUCAAAUGCCUAACAACAUUUGCGGCGAUUUAGAAUCCAGUAUAAUCGGAGUCAAAGGUGAUCCAGCAACAAUUUUGGGUCACCACCAUUCGCAUCAUCAGCUGCCUCCACCAGAAUUUGCAGAUUUGCCUCAGAAUAACGCCACUUUGCCGAGGCAUCCGCCGCCGCCUCCGAAAGUGAACAAAGCAAACGUGAACACGUUAAGUUCGCGAAACGUCCAAGAAAAUCAGCCGUUACUGUCCACGCACAGUAUACAGCUGAUCAAUACUGGUACGUUAACGAAAAAAAACACUCAGUUAAACGCGAAACAAAACACUACAAUGGAAGAACUGCGUGUGUGACAGGAAGAUGUCUACUUGUGAUUUGCAAUAACUAAGACUGUUGCUCAUGAGUCGCUAUGCUCGAACUCGCGGAACUUGUAAAGUUUUUUUCUAAUCGAAUUUUUGUAUUCUCGAUAUAAUAGCAACAAGACAGUAUAUUUGGUAAAGACACAGAAUUGGUUGGGAUUUUGCUGGAGAAAAAAAUAAAAAUCCAUUUUAAAAAAAAAACUGAAAUUAUUAUCAGCAACAACAAUAAUUGUAAUGGUCCAGGAAUUGCUUAGGAUACUGAUUCGUUUAUGUCGGACUUGGGAGUUGCGAGAGAAUGUGAGCCAGAACUAAAGCCAAGUACAAUAAAGUAUGAAACUGCAUUCAAUUCCUAAUAGGCGCGUAGCCAAAGUUAAUCUGGAUACAGGAUAAGGCUUACCUAAGUUAUACAUAACGGACAUGGGCACUACUAAACACAUACACCUAUACAGACUCUUUAUUCGUUAGCUAACCGACGACCUGCACGCUACCCCCCACCACAUUUUAUUGUAUUAUUCCGACGACCCCGAUGCGUGAUCCAUAUACAAUUACUAUUGACCCGCCGUUCGCCGUUGACAUUGACCUUCAAUGAUUAAGGUUCCUUGUAUUUUUAUUAAUUCGUAGUCUAUCCUGUAAACGAACUUUAUUUAAACGUGACGUGAUGGAGGAUUUUCCUGAAACCUAUGAGCCUUUUUUGGAAAAUGAUUUGGUUUAAUUAACCGAAGGGAUAUGCCCUAUCUUUCUAGAUACGACAAUAUGGAAUCGUGGCACACAUAGACAUGUUAAACGUUGCGAAAUUAAACCAAGCAGUUCAAAGUUUUCUUUUGGUUUUCAUAGCUCUAUUUACUUUUGUACAGCAAGUUGACUAUUUCGUCUCUUGUCGUACCGUCUGGUGAUAUCCAGGUCCAUUUUUGUUACAUCUCACUCGUUUAUGGAACGCCUUGUAAUUUAAUUUGCCAAUAGCGUCGGCCAUAUUAAUAAAUUUCGUUACUUUGCCUUUGUCUAUGAUUUUUGAUUGCUCUCCAGGGAAAACUUCUAGAUCUUGUUCACUUGGUUGGUACAUAGAGCUGUAUGAGCUCUAGAGUGAUGAUCUUACUGAUGUUUUUUUUUCAUCAUGAUUCAAAUGCCUCCGGAUGUUUCGGGGGUGGAUGGAGCGUCCAGAUAGGGUUCAUUUCAAUUUGAGGGGUGGAAACACACAUAGACUAAUCUGACAUUGCUUGCUUAACAUUUUUCGGAAUUGGAGAGUCUAGUAAUGCUUGGAUUUUAGCCUUUCCUGGCCUCAUUCUCUGGCUUGAUAUUUCUCUACCAAGAUAUUUCAAGAAAUAUUGGAGGAAACGGCAUUUUUUAAUAUUCAAAAAAAAAUCCAGCAGAACUCGAUGCUUCUAAAAUUUGACGCAAAUAUUUAAGUCCUUCAUAUGUAGAACUAGGAAUCGAAAUGUCAUCGAGGUACACUAAGGCUAUUGAGUCUUUCAAUGAGCCCAAUGCCGAAUUCACGCCUCUCUGAAAUACAGCAGGGGCAUUUGCUAAGCCAAAUGGCAUCCUGAAAAACUCGGAAUGGUCAUCGGGCAUUACAAAAGCCGUUUUUUGAACAGAGUCUUCAUGUAUGUAGUCAAAGAAGUAAAAUAUUGCCCCUUAUCCAAUCGAUCCAAUGGAUUACCGAUGCGUGGAAGAGGAAAUUUAUCUUUUAUUGUAAGUUGAUUUAGUUCCCGGUAUAACCACACAGAGUCUAAAGUCUCCAUUCUUCUUUUUGACAAGUAUCAAAGGACUGGCAUAAGGAGAUUCACCUGGUUGGAUAAUUUUAUUUGUCAUUAAAUCUGCAGUUAUUUCUCGCACAGCUAGCCUCUCGCUUUCAGACAAUCGAUACGGUGAUCGUGCAACAAUGACAUCCUUUUAUAAUUUUAUUUUGAAACUAACAUUAUUUACUGCACCCACUUUAGUGCCAGUUGUGAUCAUAUAGAACUGAAAUCUUGUAAAAUGUUUUGAAUAUCGGCCUGAUAUUCUAAUAAGGGAGCUUCGAUUGUACUUAUAUUUUGAACUUGCUUCAAAUACGACUCGAUUUAUUCCAGGAUGUUGCCGUCGUAAUACUCUUGAUCCUUUGUGAUCAGUUAUUGUAACCAAAUUUCGAUCCUGAAAUAUAUUGCGACCUAUAAAAACGUCAUAGUCAAGUCACAAAAACAAACAUAACUGAAGUAUCGAUGUCAGUUAUUUUAGUGUUGGCUGUGAAUUUCUCUGUUGUUGUAAUGGUUGCAUUUGUGAUUCCUUUGAUUAAAAUACUGCAAGAAACUCCUUGAAUAAUAAUAGAAAUUUAUUUGAAAUCAAAGACAAAUCUGCGCCAGUGUCGAUAAGAGCCCAAAAUUGACGUCCAUCUAACCUCUGUAGCUCCAGUCGAUUUUUGUACACAACAAAAAUUGAUUGGUACUGCGCCGUUUUUCAAUAGCAGCUUUGAUCUCGUUUGUUACAAAUUAAUUGGUUAUUUAAACUUUAAGACAAGAUAACCUAGGGUCGUAGAAUUCAAAAGAUUAAGAUAACGUGUAGUCCCUUUAUGUGCAAAUGAAAGUACUCAAAAUCCAACAAACAAUAAUUUUAUUUGAUAUUCAACAAGUUCUGUGUUUAAUAAUAUAGUGACAAUGCCACUUUCUUUAAAACAUGACAGUUGACAGCUUGGUUUUUCCAGUGAAUCUGAUACAAUGUACCCUUCCAAUCCGGAGCUCUUCAAUGGGUGUUGGGGUUUCGGUUUCGUCGGUUUCGAUUUCAUGAACUGGAGCUCUUCGUGUUGUUUCCUGUAUCCAAGAAUAGGAUAGAUUGCUGGGGUGACGUCACUCCAGCUGAUACAAACUCCGAACAUUGAUCUUUAUGUCGAGUAGGUACCCAGAAAAGGAUAAGGCAGUAUCAGGUUCACCAAUAUUUGGAAUAAUAAAUCCCUGAAUUUUGUCAAAAAGUGAGUGUCUUUCAAAGAAAAUUUAAAUUGAAAUUUAAUAUGAAACUAUUGUUGUACAGACACUCCCUUCCAACAAAAUGAGGUAUGAACAGCUAUUGCAGAAAGAAAAAAAAUAUAUAUAUUUUAAUAAAAAAAAAAAAAAAACAAUUAAAUGAUUGAAAAUAAUGGUAAGAUAAUAGUAAAAUUAUAGUAGAUUAUACCACGAGUCAAUAAUGAUAGCUAUUAUUCCCGAGGAAUAUUUACGAACUGAGCCGCGGAGUAACAUUCCGAGGGAAUAAUAGCCAUUAUUGCGAGUAGUAUACUCUACUUUAUUUACGACAAAUUAAUUUAUUUCACAUUUCUAAUGAACAAACUUCAUCCAUCUUAAUUCUCAAUACAAAUCCACAAGCACUACACGUUUGACUCUGACACUUUUGAGGAAUAAUGACCAUUAAUCCCGCUAGUCGUCAUUAUUCCCUGCGGGAAUAACAUCUGUCAUUAUACUGUCAAAAUCACAAGUAUAAUGCUUACAUUAUACGUUAGUCGUAAAUAAAAAUAUUAACAGCGAGAUUAAAUUAAAAUGCUCGUUAUAAUUGAGCAAAAUGCUGCUUUUCUGGCAGUAGCACUAGCAGGCAAAAAUAUGAACAAAAUAAGAUCAAAAAAAAAGAAAUUAAAUAUUUAGAUUCUCCCCCAAAUAGACAAAAUUUUGCUUUUAAAUUAAGGUAGCUACUAUCGAUACUACAAGAUAAACCUGACGGUGAAAUCAAUCAAAUCCGGAAUAUGUCAAAAUUAUUGAGAUGUUUCAAUUGAAAUUUUUUAACUAAAUAUUUGACCUGUCUGGAUUUCUAUUAAAAAAAAAAACACCCUUUAGCCGAGAUAAUAAUGGACGGAGUCAAACAGAAAAUUGCGCUAUUCAGGCCUUUGCCUGGAUUCAAUAAAGAGUUGAUAGGGAUGGACACACAAAUUUGGUUUUCACCGAUUCUAUUUAGAGCAAAUGGUCCAAUAUUCCCACACUAACAAUUGAUUCUGAAAACCAGAGCAGCAGUACCUAUUUAUUAGUCCAAAAGUCUGAAUUGACUUACCUCAGAAAAAAAAAACGCGGAACAACCAAUCGGCACUCACAGAAAAUGGAAGCCCACAAAUAGAUAAAAAAUUAAAAUAUAAUAUUUAUGUUUCAAGAAUAGAUAAGAUAAGAUUUAUCAGGUAAAAACUUAACAAUGAUAUGAUAAUAUUGAUAUUAUGCAUUGAUAGCAAAAUAUAUUGAAAAAUCUAUGAGGGAGAACCUAAAAAUAUAAAGCAAAAAUUAUAAAAUAUAAAAAUGACUUCCCUGCCAGACUACCGCCGAGAAAAGAGAAUGUUUUAGAAAAUAAACCCUACAGGAAAACAAUCCUGUGUUUUUUAUACUUAACUGCGUUUUAAACCAGUUCAACCAAUCAGAAGAGUACACCCAAAAGACCGUAUACACUUUACAAAGACUUCACAAUUUAAAACCACGUGGAAUGAAAGAAAAUAGAUAACAAUUCAAAAGAAUUAUUUUAACUGUUUGCAAAUUAUAAUAAUUUGAAUUAGGGUUAUGAUAAAAACAAAAAACUGCUAAUCAAUUAGGGCAUUAGGCCAAAAAAUGAUUAUUUCAAAAUCAGAAGUUAGAGAAAAAAGAAAUAUAUCCUUUUGCUAAAAGUGAGAUAAAUAUAAUUUCUUUGAAUGAAAAUACAAAUGACUGUCAAAUAAAACUAGCCAAGGAAAACGAUCACAAUUUAAAAAAAUAAACUCAUCCGUUACUAGAUGGCAGCACUGGUAAAUUAAUAAAAGAUAUUUGCAUUUUACGCUCAUGAUGGCAAAAAUAUAACUUCAUAAUGAAAAUGAGAAGAGACGGAACAUGUUACGUAAAUGAUAAAUUUAUCAUAACACGAUUUGCGCAAAAUGAACACGUUUGGUUGUUGUGAAGUAACAGUAGAUGAAGGUCGAGAUGACGUUUCUCCAUCAAUUUUAGAUCUAAAAGUUGCAUUUUCAGAUGAUAAAUGGGACCUUUUUACACGACAAUUGGCCUUAAUGUGUCCUAAUUUGCCGCACUGAGAGCACUUCUCAGAAUUCGCAGUAAAUCCCCGCGAGUAUCCUUCAAGCUUCAUUUUAAGAGAAUCAUUAACCUUUUUAUAACUUUCAACAGAGUAUGUUAUUGCAGAUUUCGAAAAAGCCGACAAAAAUACAAACAUGAUACAAACCAAAUACUAGCACAUAGACUAAUCUGACGCACUGUCCACUGACACCAGAGACUGACACUGAGUGACCACACUAGCAUGGAAUAAGACCACUAGUCCGUGUGUCCCGCGUUUCAAAGACGAGCUCCCAGCGACACGUAGACAAUUCCAGGAGACCAGUAGCGGCUUGUUAAUAUUAAAAUAAUCGAUAAACAAAUAUAUCAAAAAUAAUUAAUUUCUAACAAUGUUUACUUGCUAUGAGGCCAAAUUUCUUGAUGAAACUGGAGUGUGCCUAAAUCUAUACUAAACGCAAAAAUAGACAAUAUAGAUUCUCGUUAAAUCUAGCUACAUUCAGCAAAUUUCCAACCAAAUAACAUCACAAAAAAAAUAUAUGCAGAAAUAAAAAAAAAAAAAAAAACUUGUAUAAAACUAGAUAAAAAAAAAGCUGUCUACAUUGUAAAUACUAACUUGAUAUAGGUAAAGCACUACCGCGUUGUGAUGUCCGUUAUAAACAGACCAAUAUUUUUGUUUUAUUUUGUAAUCAAUAUAGAACAUCUUUUUCAUAAAUUGAUGAUGGUUAAUACUAAUACAGAUUUUUAUUUAAACUAAUAUUUUAAGGCAUUAUAGGUAAUUUCAAUUCAUAGAUAUUUUCGAAUUUAAUGUGACUUUAAUUAAAAAUCUGUAUUUAGGGAAUGAUGUUUCUAAUAAAACAUGUCUGCUAAAUUUGAAUAUAUAUUUAUUUCUAUUUUUAUUAUCGAAUUCAUAUUUUGGGAUAGGUAGCUCAAAGCAAUUUUUCACAAAGCAACCAAUUAUCAUUGUGGUUGAAAAUAAAUUAUAUUUUAUCAAUAUUUCCAUGAAACCAAUAUUUUCGUUAAAUUACAGAUGAAUAGAUAUUCUAUUUCAAUUGAAAAAUGAUUGUGAAUUGUUCUAAAAGUGUUUUUUCCACAACACAACAAUUAACAUUUCGGCGCUGCCACAAAUAAAUAACUUUGCCGACAUGGAAGAGUACAGCGGACAUGUUUUUUUUUUAUCAGGGUAGAAAAUUGUAAAUAAAAAAUCAUACUGUUUAGAAAUUAAUAAAAAUGUAUGGAUGAAUAGUUUUAAUAUAAAUUGUUGUUCGGGAUUGGGAAAAAAACAUAAUUCUGUUAUUGAGAAGAAUAGUUUAAUGAACAUCAAUUUUACAUUAUUACCUAUGAUUGAACCAAAUCCAAGCGGCAGUAAUGAAAUCAACUGGUCAUUUUCAUUACAACCUAUCAAAUGUCCUUCUUGCAUGCGCACUGGUCUUGGUAGGGCGUUUCAACCAAUAAGAAGGCUGCUGUUUACUUACAAUUUAGGUUAUUUAAUAUCAUUUACUGCGGCUUUGAUUUGGAAAUGGUAUAGGCACAGUAUAGGUACUACACCACUAAGAAUUGAGAAAAAUCUAGGCAAUUUUUGGUUUAUUUUUGGUUAUUUUUCUGAAACUGAACAAUCAUUUUCUUAACCUUCCAUCUUUGUAAUUAUCGGAACGAAUGACUUGUAUAUAGUUAGUAAAUAUAAUAAAAUGUUAAAUAAAUUAUAUAAAAAUCCUAGUUUCUUUUAU